GCAUUCAUCGAGCACUUUGAAUAUCCAUCACACAUACAGCACCAACAUGGCACCCAAACGCAGAACUGCAGGCGCAGCGACCAAGUCGCAGCAGUCGACGCUCGCCUUCCACGGAUCGUCCAACCGGGUCACCAAGUCGGGCGUCAAGGCGCAAGGCGCAAACAAAGGCAAUUUUGAGAAGACGGUGAAAGAUGCGACGCCGGACGUGUUGGAGACGUCGAGCUCAGAGCGUCGACGGGCCGAAGCGGUUAUUGUUGAGCAGGCGCAACCAGUCGAGAGCACGGCAGACGAGGACCAGGCGCGGCGCAUAUCCGAGGCAGCCAUCAGAAAGUACUGGGCGGCCAAGGAGAAGCAGCGGCAAGCAUCCAGAGUGCACCAGGAAGGACUGAGUGUCGAGGACAAGAUACUGCGCGAGUUCGACAUGAGCGCACACUACGGGCCAAGCGCUGGGAUUGCGCGAUUGAAGCGGUGGAAGCGUGCGCAGCGGCUUGGGCUCGAACCGCCGCUCGAGGUGCUUGGGGUGCUGCUGAGGGAACAAGCACAAGAGGACAGGGACAGGGGCGGCAUCAAGGUGCAGCGAUCGAUUGUGGAUGAGCUACUGAAUAGCAGAGCCGAAGUGGCUGCAUGAGGGCAAAGCGUGGUUCGGGAAAUGGGGGCUAAGGAGUGGGUGUGCAGUAUCAAGGCAAGGCAAGGCGAGGCGAUGGCUUGGAUGACGUUGGAUGGCGGGAGGUCCAGGUGGGUGGAAAGUAUCGAGCAUCGGAGCACUUGAGCACUUGAGCACUUGUAGGCAUGCGGGUCCGAUGGGCAUUUGGGACAUGGCAGAUGCAGACAUGGCGACAUGCAGACGUGGCAUGGGGGGGCACGCGAGCACCAACAGAGAGCACGUAAUGGCAACCAAACAAACUUUGGAAGGCCAAGAGCAGCAAGCAGCAAGCAGCGCGGGUAGCAGUGAAUCAGCGAU